GCUGUUUCAUUUGACAGUGAGUUUGACUGGUGUGUGUCCGCAGUGCCGUUUCUCUCAAGGCGAGCUAACACUUACACUCUGGUCGUCUACUAACUUCUAAUCGGUUGAAUGAAACUUUGGAACGUCAUCUUCUAUCUUUUUCGUCACCAUUAAUAAGUUUCGUUAUUCGUUGGUAUUCCCAUUUGCCCAAUGUCUUGACCACUAAUGUUGGAGGUGGAAGGUUGAAUUUAUAACGGAAAUUGCAAGAACCGAAGCGGUUCUGUGAAAAAGAAGGAAAGAUGUCAACAGCCGUGCUUUAUACCAAGGAUGCAAAGGUAUGGCUUCCUGAUCCAGUCAAUGUCUGGAAAAUUGGGAAGAUUUUAGAGGAUUUUAAAUCAGAUUCAUUGAAGCUAGCAGUAGAAACAGGAGAGGAAAUUAAAGUGCCGAUCAAAGAUAUCAAAGAUCUACCACCACUUCGAAAUCCGGAAUUUCUCAUUGGAGGCAAUGAUUUGACAUCUCUUUCUUAUUUGCACGAACCGGCGGUUUUGCAUACACUCAAAGUUCGUUUCAUGAACUAUAACGCUAUUUACACAUAUUGUGGAAUUGUACUAGUGGCUAUCAACCCCUACCAAGAAUUGUCAAUAUACAGCCAAGACACAGUUCUGGCCUACAGAAAUAGGAAUCAGUAUGGCAGUCUGGACCCCCAUAUAUUUGCAGUGGCUGAAGAAGCCUUUACCAAAAUGGAAAGGGAAAGUCAAGACCAGUCGAUCAUUGUCUCGGGAGAAUCGGGAGCAGGAAAAACUGUUUCUGCCAAGUACGCAAUGCGUUAUUUCGCUACAGCUGGAGGUUCAAGUACCGAGACGCAAGUGGAGCGUAAAGUUCUGGCUUCCAGCCCCAUCAUGGAGGCUAUUGGAAACGCCAAAACCACAAGAAACGAUAAUAGCUCACGGUUCGGCAAAUAUAUUGAGUUAGGCUUCAACAAAGACUACCACAUCCAAGGAGCAGGCAUGCGCACUUAUUUGCUAGAGAAAUCGCGUGUGGUUUUUCAAUCUGCUGAAGAGCGCAACUACCACAUUUUUUAUCAACUGUGUGCAGCAUCUUCCUUACCAGAGAUGGCCUACCUUCAGUUACAGCACCAAGACCAUUUUCUCUACACUCGCCAAGGGGGCUGUCCUUCUAUAGAAGGUGUCGACGACCUGGCCGAGUUUCAAGAAACACGUCGCGCUCUUUUGCUUCUCGGCUUCAGCGAAGAUCAACAGGCGGAUAUAUUUCGCUUACUUGCUGGCAUUUUGCAUCUCGGAAACGUCACAAUCGUCGACGCCGAUCACGAAGGCAGUAACAUUUCCAAGACGGACACUUAUUUGGCCUCGUUUUGUUCACUGGUGGGACUUGACGUGGGCCUCAGCGAAGAACUCCGUAAGUGGCUCUGCUUCCGCCAAAUCGUCAGUAUGAAAGAAGUGUUUACGAAGCCCAUGACUAAAGCGGAAGCUUCAUUUGCGCGAGAUGCCUUAGCCAAGCACAUCUAUUCUCUCCUGUUCCAGAAGAUUGUGUCCAUGAUCAACAAAUCGCUUGCCAGUUCGAGCCGCCCUCACCGCUUCAUCGGCGUCCUCGACAUCUACGGUUUUGAGACCUUCGAAUGGAACAGUUUUGAACAAUUCUGUAUCAAUUACGCUAACGAAAAAUUGCAGCAACAGUUCAAUCAACACGUUUUCAAACUUGAGCAAGAAGAGUACGUUCGUGAAAAAAUUGAUUGGACCUUUAUUGAUUUUUACGACAACCAGCCGUGCAUUGAUUUGAUUGAGAAACCAUUAGGCAUUCUUGAUUUGCUAGAUGAAGAAUGUCGCGUACCCAAAGGUGCUGAUCAAGCUUGGGUUGAAAAGCUUUACAUCCAGUGUAAAAAAUACGAUCAAUUUGUCAAACCACGUUUAUCCAAUUCGGCGUUCAUCAUCGUUCAUUUCGCUGAUCGCGUAGAGUACCAGUGCUUGGGGUUCGUCGAAAAGAAUCGCGAUACGGUGCUAGAAGAACAGGUACAAGUAUUGCGUAGCAGUUCCAAUGGCAUCGUACGACAGCUCAUUUUGGAUGAAGAGACCAUCGUAGGUGGCCGUUCGCCCGCGGCAGCUGCAGCUGGAUCACGUAGUGUCGUUGGGACAGUUCCUCGAGGAGGUGGCAGCUUAAUGGUUCCAGGAGGUGCCUCUGGUAGACAGUCUAACACAAUGACGAAACAGAAUCGUCGAACUGUAGGCUCGCAAUUUCGGGAAUCAUUGACACUUUUGAUGAACACUUUAAACGCUACGACUCCACACUAUGUCCGAUGUAUCAAACCUAACGAUUCCAAAGAAUCCUUCGUUUUCGAACCACGCCGUGCUGUCCAGCAACUCCGAGCCUGUGGUGUCCUGGAAACCGUACGGAUCAGUGCUGCCGGAUUCCCUUCACGGUUGACAUAUGAAGAAUUUAUCGUUCGAUAUCGAGUCCUCUUCCAUAGCCGACAGUGCCAGCGAAAGCAGCGCGACCUAUCCCAUCAGCGAGAAGCUUGCGAGUCUGUGCUAUCGACGCUCAUUACGGAAGAUGAUAAAUUCAAAUUUGGUGCCAACAAAAUUUUCUUCCGCGCCGGUCAGGUGGCAUACUUGGAAAAGCGCCGAACAGACAAAUUACGCGCUUGCGGAAUCCUAAUUCAGCGAAUGAUUCGCGGCUGGUUCUAUCGAAAGCGCUACCUGAAGUUGCGCUUGGCAGUUGUUGGCGUUCAACGGUUUUGCCGCGGUCAUUUGGCUCGUCGUAAGGCUCAACACUUGAGAGAAACCCGAUCAGCUAUUACUAUCCAGAGACAUGUACGAGGAUUCCUUCAGCGACGCUCCUACACCCGCCUUCGGCAAACGGUACUCGGCCUGCAGACCUACGGCCGUGGAUUCCUUGCCCGCAAGAAAUAUUUGCAAUUGGUGUGCAAUUCAAAAGCUGUUAUUAUUCAAAAAAUGGUUCGUAGUUUCUUGGCACGUCGUCGUUACCUUCGCGCACGCAAGAGCAUCAUCUUAUUACAAUGCUGCUGGCGACGUUGGCUUGCCCGUCGUCAAUACAAAGCUCUUCGAGCAGAAGCCCGUUCCAUCGAGCACGUUAAAAAUCUCAACAAGGGUCUAGAAAACAAAAUCAUAUCUAUGCAACAGAGAAUAGAAGAAAUGAACAAAGAACUGAUUCCUCUUCGUCAGAAACAGAAUGACUACGCGGAAUUGAAAAUACAAUGUGAGGCUAACCGAGGUCUGGCCAACGAACUGAAAGUCUCUGUCGGGCGAAUAGGCGAACUGGAAUUGCUGGUCAAACAGUUGCAAACUCAACUAGAUCGCGAAAGAGAUGAAAAGAUGGACCUUGUGCUAGAACGUGAACGAUUAGACAAACACAACGAGGAACUGAAUAGCCGAAUAGACAAUAUACAGAAAGAACUCUUGAAUUCGGCGGAAACGAACCAAACUCGCAGUCAGGAAGCGGAAGAUGCCAUCAAACGAAGGCUCGAUCAAGAACGAGCCAUUCUAGCUCAAGAAUAUGACCAGGAACGAGCAGCCUAUCAAAAACUGUUGCAGGACUAUCAUGAAAUGGAAGAGCGAAUGGAGGAGGCGGAAAGAGAACUUGAAAGGUUGCGUGAAGAGCCGGGCAAAACGAGCAAGAGCGAAACUGUUCGUGGCCAUUCUCGUAAUGCAUCCAAUGUCAGCACGCUGAGCAAUACCAGCGAAUUAAUUGCCGAUCCGGAAGACGAUGGUGGCUAUGGAUCUGUUCGUCUUGUGCCAAAUCGUUCAGACAGCGAAGACGUUGGUUUAGUAUUGAAACUACAACAGCGACUGAAGACUGUUGAAAAGGACAAGGCAACGCUGGCCACUCGAGUUGAGGAAUUAGAGCGUGAAAGUCCAACGGCAGAUGUUAGGCGAGCUCAGGACAUGAUUCGCUUACAAGAGCUAGAAAUGGAAAAUGCAAAAAUUAAAGAGGACCUGAAAAAUCUUCGUCGGCAAUCAGCAACAGAACAUGAGGGUCACCUGUCCCGCAGUCCGGAUAUGUUAAUGAGCCAAUUCGAGGCCAUGUCCGAUGAAUUAGAUCGUCGUCGCGAGGAAUGCAUUCAAUUGCGAACUGUUUUGGCUAAUACCACAUUAGGAGGUGAGCUCGGUGAGCAAACGGCAUUGAAUGCGUCUCGACUUAACGGAGGCGAACCUUUCGCAGAAGACAACGAGAUCUUGUUAGCGUUCGAGACUCAGAAACGCAUCAUACGACAUUUGGAGAAUGAACUACAGGAAGAGAAAGCGGCAUCUCAGCGCAAGAUUCAAAUUGAACGGGACGAAGUAGAGCGUCUUCGAAUUGACAAUGAACGACAGGCAAAAGUUUUAGCCGGAGCUUUACAUCGUACACCACAAGGUCAGACGGAUGCAGUGAUGCAGCAUGAAAUUUCUCGACUCACGGCAGACAAUUUGGAUUUACAAGAAAAGAACGAUCUUCUAAGCGAGCAACUCAAGAAAUACAGGUCUCAAAUGAAGCUAUCGAAAAAGAUGAAACAGGAUGGUUUAAUGACAGAACAGCAAGAGAUAACUCAAGAAGUGCAUGAAACUGUACAUUCCAGUCGUAGAAAUGAAAGAAGCGAAUCGCUGCCAGUUGUUCGUAAAAAGGAUACAAACUAUCUAGGAAUGUUCGAUUUCAACAUGGGCGAUGAAAAACAAAUUGCCCGAAAUCUCGUUUAUGAACUGAAACCUCGCGUGGCGUCAACUCUCUUGCCAGGGCUCCCUGCCUACAUCAUCUUCAUGUGUGUUCGACACGCAGAUUACAUUAACAAUGACGAGAAAAUUCGUUCUUUCUUAACUCUUAUCAUCAACGCCAUUCGCCGGUUGAUUAAAAAACGUUAUGAGGAUCUAGACACGUCUGUUGUCUGGUUAGUCAACACGUGCAGACUUCUACAUAGUCUAAAACAAUACAGCGGAGAGAAGACUUUUCAAGAGGAGAAUACCCCGAAACAAAAUGAACAAUGCUUGCGCAAUUUUGAUUUGUCAGAGUACAGACAAGUUCUUAGCGAUAUUGCUGUAUGGAUUUAUCAGGCCGUUAUAAAAUUCAUGGAAGAACGCGUUCAACAACUUAUAGUUACCGCCGUGUUGGAGCAUGAAGCUAUUUCUGGCCUUUCUAGUCACAAACAACCGGUUGGACAAAGCGGCAGAGCAAGGUCGGGCUCAACGAGGGACACUACAAGUCCGGUUGAUCCUCAAGAGGCAAUAGCUCAUCUGUUGCGAGAGUUGACCAUUUUCCAUCAAGUGUUGCAAUUGUAUGGCGUAGACCCACCGCUUAUAGCCCAAGCCUUCCGCCAGGUGUUUUACUAUAUUUGCGCGUGCGCGUUAAACAACCUACUGCUGCGCAAAGAAAUGUGCCACUGGUCUAAAGGCAUUCAAAUCCGUUACAAUAUUUCUCACUUGGAGCAAUGGGUGCGUGACCAGCAUAUCCAUGGACAGGACACGAUGAGUGCUUCUAUUGCUGACACGUUGCAGCCUAUCAUCCAAGCUGCCCAGUUGCUUCAAGCCCGGAAAUCAGAUGAUGAUGUCACUAACAUUUGCGUUAUGUGUUCGCGACUAACAAGUGCCCAGAUCAUAAAAAUACUGAACCUCUAUACCCCAGCUGACGAACUGGAGGAUCGUAUCCCGAUCAGUUUUAUCCGCAAAGUCCAAGAAGAACUUCAGAAAAGAAACGAUCCACAAGCGCAGAGCAAAUUGUUGAUGGACACAAAACACGCAUUCACAGUGCGUUUCCCCUACAGUCCUUCUUCAAUCAAAUUAGAAGAUAUCGACAUUCCAGCAGUCCUGAACUUGCCCAUGUUGAAGAAAGUUUAAGUUUGUCGUUUGAAAAGACGCGUGUUGUCGUACAUUUCUUAUCGAAGCAUUCCGUUUGGUGAUGUUUUAGCAUUGAGCGACGAAAUUUGGUAAUAGGCUCCAAGUUUGUCGAAACCAAAUGCCAUUCUUUGUUCUAUGUGCAAAAUACUAAGAACUACUUUCUGAUUUAUGUGUAAGCCAAGUGAGUUCGAGAACAAGAGUGCAAUGUUGGUGCAAAACAGAUAAAGAUCUGCCGAAAUUCCCGCAAUGGUCAGAACAUUCUACCCACGAUCUCUGCAAUAAGAAGAGAGAAAAACAGAGAAAAUUAUUGCCACUUACAAAUCACUCUAUCCUUGUAGAGUACGCAGCUAUUCAACAAGGCCGUUUUUUUCAUUCCGAAUCCAAAGAUUCUAUGUCUUAUUUUUUUUUUGCCACAGUAUAGUUCUUCGCUCGUUUUGUUUUUUCUAGUUACUUAAUAACUCUCCAUGUUCUGUUAGGCACCUAAUGGGCACCCCACGUUAUCAAAGCCCAUUAAAUUAAAGUCGUUCACCUUUGUUGUUGUGUUAUCAAUCCUAUUUAAUUGAAUACAUAUUUGUGAUUGAGA